CGAGAGAUCAUUCGCGCUGCUUCAGUCUGCAGAACUGUAUUUAGUGAAUUUGUAAUACUACAAAAUUUUUUGUUCAUUGUGUUUUUAAAAAAAAUAUAUUUAAUACAAUUAUUUCAUAAAAAUAAAGCCAAAAUGAAGAAACACAUCGACGACGUUCAAACACAAACAGUCGAUGAACAUUACAAAUUACUCCUUGAAGACAAGAGUGUAAUUGAUCCGGAUCCGUCCAAUGUUACAUUCAAUGAUCUUCCACAUUGGUACGAUGAAAAAUUGUAUAAGAAAGCUCAAGACAUUUACAAGCAAAACAAGCUGUCAAUAAUAGCGUCAUCAACUGUAGGACUUAUUUUAGUAUUAACAGUAAAUACUAUAUUAAAGAUACUCGUAUGCACAGGACGAAGUAAUACGAGUUGUUCAGCCUUUAAAAGAUACAUUGAAACUGUGUUACAUGUAAAUGCUUUAUUUAUGUCCGAUAUAAAUGAUGCAGAUUCCAAUUGGUACAAAUCGAUAAACACAAUUCGUUGGCAUCACAAAAUGGGAUCCCAGAAAUCAAAAAAAAAUGGUGGUAAAGAAAUUUCACAAAAAGAUAUGGCACUUACACAAUAUGGUUUUAUGGGAUUAGUCUUAAUUGCGCCUAAGUCUUUUGGACUGUGCAAUACACCAGAAGAAAAUGAGGCAUUUAAUCAUUUCUGGCGUGUAAAUGGCUACAUGUUAGGAAUCCCUGACAGUUUAAAUUUGUGCCGUAAAAACGUAAAAGAAACCAUUGAAUUAUGCCAGAAGAUCAAACAAUUAUAUGCAACUUAUUUGAGUAAACCUCCACCUGAGUUUGAUCGUAUAAUGUCAAAUGCAAUAGAGGCAAUAUGGUACGUUGAUAUUACCGUGGAUAAAGAUGCUUUUAUGGCAUUAACCUAUGAAUUACAUGAUCUGCCAUAUAAAAAACUUCGAUGGUACAGUCGGUUAAAUUUAAAAUAUCAUGCAUGGAUAUUUUCUUUGUGUCAUGUCCCUUAUAUCGGAACAAUAAUAAGAAUAUACAAUAACUGUUUGGCUUCAACCUUACUUUGGAGUGUGCAACAUUUUCCUCUACUCGCAUUGCUAAAAUUUGGGAAGACCAAUGUUCGGCUCAAUCUGUAUCCGAAAAUUGCUAAGCUAAAAUAAAAUUUUAAACUGAUGAAUUUAAUAUGAUAACUUUAAAUUGUUGAUCACAUUUAUAAAGAUAAAACCAACGUUUUUAAUAUUUUUUCUUAUCAUUAUUAUUAUUUAUUAUAUUAUUAAGUAUUUUAAUCUUUUUGCUAUGGGAAAUUGCAACAAAAAAUAUACGCUUUAAAGGUGAUAAUGCUAACAUUAACUGACUGAUGCUAAACCACAACUUCUUACUAGUGUUAGAAUGUAUAGAAGAGAAAAAAGAAUGCAUAGAAAUUAAUAAAAUAUUGAAUUGUCUUAUAUGAUAAAAA